AAACAAACUAGCCUGGCGAUGGAGGAAGCUCCUCUACUGGUUUAAUUUUUGAAGGUUUAGGGUUAUUCGCUCUUCUUCUCCAUGGACCUGCAGUUGGUGCAAAAGGGUUUGGAUUUCUCACGGAGAAGGAAGAAAUGGAUUUUGCUACUCGCAGCGCUCGGCUUCACUGGUUAUGGUGCCUAUAGGGUCUAUUAUUUGCCUUCUGUGGUCAAGAAGAGGAAGAGGUUUUUAAAGCUUCUUGAAGCCUUGAUUUCCGUGGCCGAAGCUGUAUCCGAUUCCGCGGAGACGAUCUCAGUCAUUUCCAAGGACUUGAAGGAGUUCCUUCAAUCAGAUUCGGAUCAAAUUCCCACCAGUCUGAAGCAGAUAUCCAAAAUCAUGAGGUCGGAAGAGUUUUCUGAUUCGCUGGUUCGGGUGACACAAGCUUUAACAUUGGGGAUGUUGAGAGGUUAUCGCUCGGAUACUAGCAAUGGAGAUGAAUCACGGACCACUCCUGGCUUAACUGACCGGCUUAUGGACAGGCUUUUCUCUACGGCUGGCUCUGGUUUUGCUUCUGUGGUUGUUGGUAGCUUUGCCAGGAGCUUGGUCUUGGCUUUCUACUCUGAUGGCCGCCCAUCUUCCGGAGGUUCGAACCCUGAGUCGUCAUCUCCACCAAGAUGGGUAAAUGUGUUAUGCAGUGACAAUUGUAGAGUGCUCAUCGCUGACUGCAUCCAGCUAUUCGUAAGCACUGCGAUUGCCGUUUAUCUUGACAAGACCAUGGAUAUCAACACUUAUGAUGAAAUCUUCUCGGGGUUGACGAACCCGAAUCAUGAAAGGAAAGUGAGAGACAUAUUGGUGUCUCUCUGCAAUGGUGCUGUGGAAACUCUUGUGAAAACAUCUCACCAAGUGUUGAUAAAUUCAGAUUCGAAGAAUUCAAGCUCAAAUUCCCCUUCCUUGGCUGUUGGUCAAGGGGAAGGUAUAAGUACUACCAGAGAUGAGGUUUUUAAGGAUCUAUUUUCAAUGGAACUGAAAGAGAGAAGUCCAUUAGAUGGAAUUAAGGACGGAGGUUGGGUAGGAAAGGUGUCUUCUACAUUGGCUGUUCCAAGCAAUAGGAGGUUCGUUCUUGAUUUGACUGGAAGAGUGACAUUCGAAACAGUAAGAUCUUUCCUGGACUUUUUGAUAUGGAAACUAUUUGAUGGUUUCAAAAAGAGCUACAAUAUUGUUCGUGAGGAGGUUGUUGAGAGGGGCAUGGAAGUCGUAAGAUAUUUUAGUGCUAAGUCAUCUGUUAUUAUUACUGUAUGCCUUUCUUUAUGCUUGCAUAUGGUAGGUGGUGCCAGGGUCUUGAUGCCAGCUUAAACUGUGGUCGCCUACCACCCUUUUUGCUCAUUGAACAAAUUCAUGUCACAGACGUUGGUAUAAUAUAUGCUGCUGGGAAGUUUUUUGUCUUGCUUCAAACUCUCGGAAGGAAUUAGGAUUGAACCAUUCCAAUUGAUAAAUCUAACAAGUUUCUCUCUU